CCUCUGCCGCACGGCCGCGCGACCGCGCAGUGCCCUCCUCCCGCCACACUCACACACGCACGCAGGCGCGCGCAGAGCAGAGCGGAGGGCAGCUUGCCGACAGUUCACACUCGGAGGCGACCCGCUCCAGUCUCACAGCGCUGAUGGCAUCUCCAGGCUCCGGCUUUUGGUCCUUCGGGUCUGAAGAUGGCUCCGGGGAUCCCGAGAACCCCGGCACAGCGAGAGCCUGGUGUCAGGUGGCCCAGAAGUUCACGGGAGGCAUCGGAAACAAGCUGUGCGCCCUGCUCUACGGAGACGCCGAGAAGCCGGCGGAGAGUGGCGGGAGCGAGCCCCCGCGGGCCACCUCCCGGAAGGCCGCCUGCGCUUGUAAUCAGAAGCCUUGCAGCUGCCCCAAAGCGGAUAUCAACUAUGCGUUUCUACAUGCAACAGACCUGCUGCCAGCGUGUGAUGGAGAAAGGCCCACUUUGGCGUUUCUGCAAGAUGUUAUGGACAUUUUGCUUCAGUAUGUGGUGAAAAGUUUCGAUAGAUCAACCAAAGUGAUUGAUUUCCAUUACCCUAAUGAGCUCCUUCAAGAGUAUAACUGGGAAUUGGCAGACCAACCACAAAAUUUGGAGGAAAUUUUGAUGCAUUGCCAAACGACUCUAAAGUAUGCAAUUAAAACAGGGCAUCCCAGAUAUUUCAAUCAACUUUCCACUGGACUGGAUAUGGUUGGAUUAGCAGCAGACUGGCUGACAUCAACAGCAAACACCAACAUGUUCACCUAUGAAAUUGCUCCAGUAUUUGUGCUCUUGGAAUAUGUCACGCUAAAGAAAAUGAGAGAAAUCAUUGGCUGGCCAGGGGGCUCUGGCGAUGGGAUAUUUUCUCCUGGUGGUGCUAUAUCUAACAUGUAUGCCAUGCUGAUUGCACGCUUUAAGAUGUUCCCAGAAGUCAAGGAAAAAGGAAUGGCUGCUGUUCCCAGGCUCAUUGCCUUCACAUCCGAGCAUAGUCAUUUUUCUCUCAAGAAGGGAGCUGCAGCUUUGGGGAUUGGAACAGACAGCGUGAUUCUGAUUAAAUGCGAUGAGAGGGGGAAAAUGAUCCCAUCUGAUCUUGAAAGAAGGAUCCUUGAAGCCAAACAAAAAGGAUUUGUUCCUUUCCUUGUGAGCGCCACAGCUGGGACCACCGUGUAUGGAGCAUUUGACCCCCUCUUGGCAGUUGCUGACAUUUGCAAAAAGUACAAGAUCUGGAUGCAUGUGGAUGCGGCUUGGGGUGGGGGAUUGCUGAUGUCCCGGAAGCACAAAUGGAAACUGAGCGGCGUGGAGAGGGCCAACUCUGUGACAUGGAACCCACACAAGAUGAUGGGCGUCCCUUUGCAGUGCUCUGCUCUCCUGGUUAGAGAAGAGGGAUUGAUGCAGAGUUGCAACCAGAUGCAUGCCUCCUACCUCUUCCAGCAAGAUAAACACUACGACCUGUCCUACGACACUGGGGACAAGGCCUUACAGUGCGGACGCCACGUUGAUGUUUUCAAAUUAUGGCUAAUGUGGAGGGCGAAGGGCACCACUGGGUUUGAAGCACAUAUUGAUAAGUGCUUGGAGCUGGCAGAGUAUUUAUACAAUAUCAUAAAAAACCGAGAAGGAUACGAAAUGGUGUUUGACGGAAAGCCUCAGCACACAAACGUCUGUUUCUGGUACGUGCCCCCAAGUUUGCGUGUCCUGGAAGACAACGAAGAGAGAAUGAGCCGCCUCUCAAAGGUGGCCCCAGUGAUUAAAGCCAGAAUGAUGGAGUAUGGGACCACAAUGGUCAGCUACCAGCCCUUGGGAGACAAGGUCAAUUUCUUCCGCAUGGUCAUCUCAAAUCCCGCAGCAACUCACCAAGACAUUGACUUCCUGAUUGAAGAAAUAGAACGGCUUGGACAAGAUUUAUAAUAACAUAGCUCACUAAGCUGUUUCGGUUCUCUAGCGAACAUGCCCUCUGCUAAGCUCUCUACUCAGAAAUCUCCUUUGAGAACUGUGCGAUCACACAAAAAUGCAAGGUGAAUGCCGCUCAUGUCCGAGAAUAGAGGAGACCCAUAUGGAGUGUCACAAACCGCCCAAAUUGCAGGUAUUGUCCCCACUGGGGUUUGGAGUAGGAGCUAUUCCUCAGAACAUGGACAAAGAAAGCACGGGUGUAAAUAUAGCAGCAGGACAGGGAAUCAAGGACCCUCACAGUGGGUAUCAUCUUGCACGUGCUCUCCUGUUUUCAGAUGCUACAUACAAACACUGUGUAUUUAUUAGUUUCAUGCUCCAAAAUACUGUUCCCAACUGGUGUUUCUGAAAGACAUCAACAUCUCCCCAACAUUACGCCAUUUACUAAGACAGAAAAAAAUAAAAAAUAUAAACACGUGGCAACAUGUUCUUACCAAAUAUAAACUUGUGUAUGAUCAAAGUAUUUUAUCUGUGUUGUCUCUCUAAACCCAAAUAAAUGUGUAAAUGUGGACA